AAAAGGCCGCCCUCAUAAGGUUAUCCCAACUGAUAGAGGCUGAGGACAAAAAGAAAACAUGGAGAUUUCUUAUGAGAAGGAAGAGAACAAGAAAAUCUCCCGUCAAGAGGGUAAAAGCAGAAAGGGUGGAUUUAGGACAAUGCCCUUUAUCAUAGCAAAUGAGACGUUUGAGAAGGUAGCAAGCGUGGGGCUUCAAGCCAAUAUGAUAUUGUACUUGACAAAGGAAUAUCACAUGUCAAGUGCAGCCGGAACCAAUGUAUUAUUCUUGUGGUCAGCCAUAUCAAAUUUUAUGCCUACUAUUGGGGCUUUCCUUUCUGAUUCUUACUUAGGUCGCUUUCGGGUCAUUGCAUUGGGAACUUUCAUCAGCCUUCUUGGAUUGACUGUCCUCUGGAUAACAGCUAUUGUUCCUCAGGCCACACCACCUUCUUGCAACCCGACAGUAGAAGCUUGUAUAUCUGCAAAACCAGCCCAGCUGGCGCUUCUCUAUUCUUCAUUUGCUCUCAUGGCCAUCGGAGCCGGUGGCAUUCGGCCGUGCUCCUUAGCCUUUGGUGCUGACCAAUUACAAAAUCCUAAUAAUCCCAACAAUGAGAGGCUAUUGCAGAGCUUUUUCAAUUGGUAUUAUGCUUCAGUCGGAAUCUCAAUCAUGAUUUCAGUGACAGUCAUAGUUUAUAUUCAAGAUAAGGCUGGCUGGAUUGUAGGUUUUGGAGUUCCUGUUGGACUCAUGUUCUUGUCUGCUGUACUCUUCUUAAUGGGUUCUUCAUUAUAUGUCAAAAUGAAGGCAAACAAGAGCUUGUUUACCGGCUUUGCCCAAGUUAUAUCUGCAGCCUGGAAGAACAGAAAUCUAGCUUUGCCACCAAGGGAUUCUGAUGGAUGGUACCACUACCAGAAAGGUUCAAAGUUUACCGUACCAACAGAAAAAUUAAGGUUUUUAAACAAGGCUUGCAUAAUCAGAAACCCAGAGAAAGAUAUGGAGUACUCUGAUAAAACGUCAUGGAAUGUUUGCACAGUGAGACAAGUAGAAGAGCUGAAAGCACUGAUUAAAGUUUUGCCGAUCUGGUCCACGGGCAUCAUAAUUGGAGUGACCAUCAGCCAGCACUCAUUCCCAGUACUCCAAGCUGUCACCAUGGACAGGCGCAUUUUCACUGAAAAAAUAAAAUAUCCGGCAGGUUCAUUCGGUUUGUUCGCAAUCCUCACAUUGACAAUAUGGGUUGCCGUCUACGAUCGAAUCGUAGUCCCUCUUCUAGCAAAGUUCACAAAAAGAAGAAAAGGACUUAGCAAUAAAGAGAGAAUUGGAAUCGGUCUGGCAAUCUCAUGUCUAGCCAUGGCAACCUCAGCACUGGUGGAGAGGAAGCGACGUGACACAGCAAUCAGAGAAGGAUUGGCGCAUAAACAUGGUAUUGUGAGUACGUCAGCAUUUUGGCUAGUGCCACAAUAUUGCCUCAUAGGCUUAGCAGAAGCUUUCAACGCAAUUGGGCAAAUAGAAUUCUAUUAUUCUCAGUUUCCAAAGAGCAUGUCGAGCAUCGGAGUGGCUCUUAUGGCGCUUGGAAUUGCAGUGGGAAAUGUAGUUGGGGCUCUGAUUAUAUCAAUCUUGGAUAAUGUGACAAAAAGAGGAGGGAAAGUGAGCUGGGUAGCCACUAAUCUCAACAUGGCUCACUACGAUUAUUACUACUGGAUUCUUUGUUUCUUGAGUGUGAUCAAUUUGUUUUACUAUUUAGUAUGUAGUUGGGCAUAUGGGUCAUGUGAGGAUAUUAAGGAUUGGGACGAGGAUGAAGUAAAGAUAACAGAAGAAUUAUCGAUACUUGAUCUUAAGGGAUCCCCUCUUGUUUAUCCUGGAUCUCCUCUCGUUUUCUAUUCUGCUUCCGGUAUUUGAUUUGUAUUUUGAACCCAACUACUUGUUUAUGCAUUGCUACUGA